AUGGAAGGAAGAGGAGAGUUUGCUGAAGUAAAAGAAAGUGCUCUCCUCCCCAUGCUAACUGUUGACAUGGAAAACAAGGAAAAUGGCUCUCUGGAUGUCAAAAAUUCAGUAGAGAAUGGGAGACCUCCAGAUCCUGCUGAUUGGGCUGUUAUCGAUGUUGUGAAUUAUUUCAGAACAGCUGGAUUUGAAGAACAAGCCAAUGCGUUUCAAGAACAGGAAAUUGAUGGCAAAUCAUUACUGUUGAUGACAAGAAAUGAUGUACUGACUGGACUUUCAUUAAAACUGGGGCCUGCGCUGAAAAUCUAUGAGUAUCACGUAAAACCUCUACAGACACAACAUCUAAAGAACAACUCUUUAUAG